ACGGAUAAUGCUAAUGGUAUGCACAUAAAAAGUGGAAUUUUCCAGGGUGACUCUCUCUCCCCUCUUCUGUUCCGCAUGGCACUUGUACCGUUGUCCCAACUCCUGAAUGAUAUUGGGUAUGGAUACAAGAUCGGGAAUAAGAAGACAAAUCAUCUGUUUUAUAUGGAUGACCUGAAACUCUAUGUCAGUAAUGAUGAUGAACUUGAAGGACUGCUAAAAACUGUAAAGGCAUUUUUAAUACAGAAGAUGUUUUCAGAUGUUUAUUAUUUUGUUGUGGAAAUCACAAUUUCCUUUUUUCAUUUUAUAUGACGCUUUGUUGAUAAUUAUAUUCUCACCACUUGAAUAUUCACUGCGACAUUGAAUCCACACAUCUUAUUAAACAGUGGCUGUUUAGGCCGAUUACAGCUGCUUUCUCUUCAAUGUUUGUUUUAUAACACGAAGUUUUGCAUGGUUACUCAUUUCUCAUGGUUACUAGACUGACUUCUAAAAAUCUCUUUUCAUAACAAUUUUUCUGUUAUAGUAUUUAUAACGAUAUGAGGCAAUAUUUCUAUUCAUGAGAAGUCGAGAAACCCCGUCGAUAUCUAAUUACCGGCAGCGAGUAUAUCUGUGAAUUAAGGAAGGGUUUUCUUACCUUAGUUCAUAAUUCAUUAAUGACGCCGAUCAAACGAAUAAAAAGGACUUUUUCAAAAUAUCAACAUUAAAGCUGAUUAUAACGACUUAAGGCAUGUUAAGGCUUCAUUGGCUACAAAUGGAGGGCAACACACUACUCCUGACUCUUACAAUCUUUAUUUUCUUGUCUUUUGCACUUGCAGAUUCGUUCUUUUAUCGUCAUGAUUCUGUAAAGUCUUUAGAGGCGGCUUCAUCAGAUUCUUUAAGCUUAGACGAGUCUUUCUUUGCCUGUGACAGAAAUCCGAGCUGCAGAAGUGUUCAGCGAAGUGAAAAAGGGAUAGAGGUUGCCACAGAAUCGAUCUGGAGAAAAGUUGCUUUCCGCUCAUGCUGCGAUGCGUUGAAACAAAGUGACACGGAAGAAGGCAUCUUUUUGGUACAUCCCGACAAAGUGGGACAUCCUGUGGAAGUAAAAUGUAUCAAAGACAACGGGUCAAUUAAGGUAGUGUUUGAUCAUAACAGUGAAAGGAAGAUAUCGGUCAAUGGAUACGAAAGGCCUGAUUUGUUUAAGCAAAAAAUACUGUACAAAAAUCAGCUGCAAAACAUCAUAAGAUUCGUUGACUUGUCACAAAGUUGCAGGCAGUUUACCCGAAUUGACUGUCACAAUAUGGUGCUGUUCUAUAACGUUUACGUUGGUUAUCUUGUUGAUAGGAAGGGAAAGCGUAUCGACCACAUUGGAGGUGGCCCAGCAAACGGGCGAGGCUGUGAGUGUGGCAUAACUGGUACGUGCGCAAAAGCUGGAACUCUCUGCAAUUGUGACGCUAAUGACAAUGUAAUGCGCUUUGAUGAGGGCUUCGUCACGGAUAAAAAUAGACUUCCUAUCACUGAAGUGAGACUAGGAGACACAGGAGGCUCUACUGAGUAUGGAGCCUUUACAAUUGGCAAACUUGGAUGUGUCACUUAGGAACCAUUGGCACAAGUAUCAGGUUGUAUUUCUCUAGUGAAUUCCCCUGGUGCUUUUUUAGUUUAAAAAGAUAAAAUUAUAAGUUUUCUCUAGAUAUUUAAAUGCACUUAUGGCGGGUCAGAUAGUUUUUCAAUAGCAAUUAUUAUGAAAAACCAUGAAAUCUAGAUAUGACAUUUAUCAGUUAAAAUUACAUGCACACAAAAGUAUUCCUGAGACAGGCACGGCGCCACUGGAGAGACUUUUUCAGAGACAAAAAUCUUCUGACCGUCUUUUUUAGUAAUUUUGAAAACAGAGUAUGAUAUAAAAAGAUAAUAAACUGUUUAAUACUGCUUGAUUUUAUUUGAUCUAUUUACUAGCUUGUUUAGGUAUAUUUCUAUUAUUUGUUUUUUUUUGCAUCAGUUCAUUUUAUAGCUUUCCGUAUCAUUGCAAUGUUUGCAUUUUGGUUAUGUUAGCAUGACCUACUGAAAAUACUCAAGACAAGAAGUUCGUCAUUUCUCAAUCAAUACAACAGCUUCUUGUUAUUCACAUCGAUGUGCACUCUGAACCAAAGGUCACCCUUUCUUUCUUUCCCAAACGUCUGUCACUAGAGUUUUACCAUGACUCCUCCCCUCAAAAAUGUUUCCUAAAAUACAAUAACCAAUAUUUGCUGAGAAUCGUCGAAUUGUCUUUUCUUAGCGGUGUAGUAAUUUGUUUAAUUUUGGUCUUGGAAAUGCAUUUCUAGCCAUUCAAGAAGGCUCAAUUUCAAAAAUAUUCUUCCGCGUCGGACCCAACCUUGCUGGGUUCGCAUAUGUCACUAAACCUGAUUCUUAGACCCACCCCCCCCCCCCAAGGUCCAAUUUCGUAGCGCCAUCUCUGUUGAAAGAUUUAAUUACAAUUAUGACAAUCAUUGACAACAGAAAGAAUUGAACAUUAUUUAAUUAUUCUUUAAAACUUAAUGUAUAUUGUUCAUGUGUUUGUAUUGCACCUAUAUCACUCUAUUCAAGUUGUAUUUUAUAGUACAUGCGACAAACCUCUCUGUGGGCACAAACAAGCAAAAAUGGAAGAUUAACCUAAUUCUCCAAUUCAACUAACAGUCUUAUUGUGAAAAAUUCGUACAAAAUUGUUGUCCUCAGGUUCGGAAAAAGAGCAAGAUUUUACUCUACCUAGAAGUUUUCAUUAAGUUAUUGCUCAUGAUAUUGAUUUAAUGACGACACGAAGAUAAAAUUUUAAUAAAGGGAUUUGAUCGGUUCACAUGUAAGGGACGGGCAGGUCCACAUCAGCCUUUAUGAGGCUGCCAUUUUAUAACCUGGGUCACAAAAUGAAUGAUGUAUGAUGUAUAUUUAUAUAUUUAUUUAUGUAUAUACCGUGGUUGAUGACCUUGGGGGUAACGUAUUAUCCGGAACGAUUUUUGCGGUCAAUUCCGUUACAAGUUUUCAAACUUUCCGUAUAAUGCUCUUUAGAUUUUGCAUAUUAUAUUUUGACUGAAAGAAAAUUUGAGGCAAUAUUUUCCAGCUUUAUUUCAACACUAUGCUUCUUCGGUUUAUCUACUUUAAUGUUGACAAGAAAUAGAAACUUUCUUGCAAAGUUUAGAAAAAUCCUUAUAGUGCAGCGAGUAAUCAAAAUUUCUUCACACCAAAUAUGAAACCAAAAUAAACUGGAGGAGAGAAAUAAAUUAAACACAGUUUAACAAAAUAUAUCAACAGAAGAACUUCCAGCUAAAAACGAAAUAUUAAGAAAUUUUAAAAGGUUGGGUAUUAUUUUUUAAAAUCUGAUUUCAAAUUCUUUUCAGGAAUAUAACACUUUUAAUGAAAAAGUGUCAAUGAAAACGUUCAAUCUGGAGUGGUCAAACCGAUUUUUAAUAGAAUUUACAAUUACGUCUAGAUUUUCAAAGAAGAGACCCCAAUAUUCUAUUGGCGGCAAAUGAUAAUAUGCUUUGUCCUUUUUUAAA